AUGGCCAGAAACACGACUAGCAGAACCAAUGUAUCACUCAUCUCUUCCACUUCUUUCUUUGAUGGAAUAAUCUCCAUUAACGCAACUUCCCAACUACCCAUCAAAUUGAACAGCAACAACUUCCCCUCUUGGAAAGCACAGUUUGACGCCCUAUUAUAUGGUUAUGACCUCAUGGGAUUUCUUGAUGGGAACACGACAUGCUCAUCCAAGGAAAUGAUUGCCAAAGAUGGAACAACUGUUUCAAAUCCAGACUGUGUUAUUUGGACUAGGAAAGAUAAAUUGCUCCUUCACGCAAUCCCUGCGUAUCUUUCAGAAGGAGUUGUGACUUCUACUCGUGAUGCUCGGGUAAAGCUUCACCAGCUUUAUGCUAACAAAUACAGAUCACGAGUAAUGGAUCUCAAGGAGAUGCUUACCAACAUCACUUGCAAUCCUCGAUCUAUUGCUGUGUAUCUUCAAACCAUCAAAGGAAUUGCUGAUGAGUUAGUUAGCACUCAUUUAAGUGAUGAUGAUCUGAUUACUUUUGCUCUCAAUGGCCUUGGCAGCGACUUUAAGGAGAUUUCUGCUGUAAUAAGAGCUAGAGACACUCCUGUUUCAUUUGAAGAACUUCAUGACAAGCUGGUAGAACAUGAAGCUUUCUUGAAAAGAGAAGAGUCGCGUGGUGGUUCAAGUGUCACUGUGAAUAGUACUCGCACAAGUUUUGGCAUGCUCCACAAAGCUUCUCUACCUUUAAAAUACUGGUCUCAUUCUUUCCUUGCUGCUGCAUACUUAAUCAAUCAUAGGUGA